GGAAAUGAUCGCGAAGUGAGGCACGUUGAGUCGGUGCUCUCUGCUGGCGGACUGUAAUGCUCCACACGUCGGUUUUGGACGCGGGUCGGGUCCGGUCAGGUUUGAUGGGCGAUGGGUUUGAUCGCUCGCGCGCGUAAAGAAUGGUUCAUCAUCGGUAUUUUGCUCGUGAUCACGUGCGCCAAGCUCGAGCCGUCUGUGGGGGUGAAAGGAGGUCCUCUUCGGCCAGAGCUCACCAUUACCUAUGUGGCAGUAUCUGUUAUUUUCUUUAACAGUGGGUUGUCUUUAAAAACAGAGGAGUUAGCUAGUGCGUUGAUGCACGUCAAGUUGCAUUUCUUUGUCCAGACGUUCACACUUGUGUUUUUCCCCGUCGCCAUUUGGCUCCUUCUUAAAGUUCUGGCACUCACUGCGAUCAACGUCUGGCUUCUGAAGGGCUUGCAGACGGUUGCGUGUAUGCCCCCUCCUGUCUCCUCGGCUGUCAUUCUGACUAAAGCUGUGGGAGGAAAUGAGGCUGCAGCCAUUUUUAACUCUGCAUUUGGGAGUUUUCUGGGGAUUGUGGUCACUCCUCUACUUCUGCUGGUGUUUUUGGGCUCCUCCUCGUCUGUCCCGUUCUCAUCCAUCUUCUCUCAGCUCUUCAUGACUGUGGUCGUUCCGCUCAUAGUCGGACAGGCAUGCAGGAGGUUUCUAAGGGAGUGUCUGGACCGCCGGAAACCUCCGUUCGGGACGGUGAGCAGCGUCGUUCUGCUCAUGAUCAUCUACACCACCUUCUGUGACACCUUCUCCAACCCCAACAUAGAGCUGGACCGUCUGAGUCUGCUCCUCGUCGUCUUCAUCAUUUUUACCAUUCAGUUGAGCUUCAUGUCUCUGAUAUUUAUUAUGUCUACAAGAAAAUCCUCUGGAUUCACAGCAGCUGACUCUGUGGCCAUCAUCUUUUGUGCCACACACAAAUCACUCACAUUGGGAAUCCCCAUGCUGAAGAUCGUGUUUGAGGGUUACGAGCAUCUGUCUCUGAUCUCAGUGCCUCUGUUGAUAUAUCAUCCCGCUCAGAUCCUGCUGGGCAGCAUCUUACUGCCUUCCAUUAAAACAUGGAUGACUGCCAGACAGAAGACCCUGACACCCGUAUGAACCACACUGAACGUUGUGUAAAACGUGGCUGAGCCAAACCAGCCCAGGAAAAAGAAAGAGACCAAACCGUAGCGUUGCGCUCUCGUGACGGCAGGAUCAAGUGCCUUAAAUCAUCGCCGCAGAACCUCGACAGCCUCGCAUCCACAGAUGAUUCCAUCAGCCUUUUUAUAAACAAACCUGAAUGUAUAUUUUUAUAUGAAAUGUGAAAUCUUUUCUUACUGCAGCCGCACUCAGACCUUCUUAGAAGAGAUUAUUUUUGUUUUUUAAACUUGCGGGAAGUAUUAAUGUGGCUAAAUCGGGCCUUGGUUAUUUUUGCAGUAGAAAGAUGUAAGGAAAAUCUAUUAAAUGCACUGUCAAUAUAAAAAUAUUCACAGUACUUAACAAUGAAAGAGUAUUAUAUAAUCAUUUAGCUAUUAUCGACUUCUAUCGGUUGUUUAUUUUGGUGGAAAGCUUUGCAGUUUUGUCAAACUCAAAGGUCAGUAGUUUCAGGUGAGACCAAACAUCCCGUGUGAUGUUAAGUUACUGGAGACAAUAAAUAUUGUCAUAAAU